AACUGAUGUUCGAUUAUAUUUUAGGAUGGUCAAUUAGUAUCAAGCAAAUAUAAUCAGAAUAUAAAAACAAUUAGAGGUGAUCAAAUUGCUUGGAAAGAUGGAAGAGAGGCAGAUUGUUAUAAUAUAGGCCAAUUAAUUGGCAAGGUUGAUGCAGUAAUUAUGACUUCAAAUAAGAUGGCAAACAAUGGUAAAAUGGGGCAGUACGUCAUCAAUGGCAGAACCAAGGCUAUGGUAGCUUGCUAUCCUGGAUCUGGGACCCACUAUGUAAAACAUGUAGAUAAUCCAAAUAGCGAUGGUCGAUGCAUUACUGCCAUUUAUUAUCUCAAUCCAGACUGGGAUGUUCAAAAAUAUGGGGGACUUCUACGAAUAUUUCCUGAAGGAUGCGACAGGGUGGCUAAUAUAGAACCUGUGUUUGACCGCAUAUUGUUUUUCUGGUCUGAUCGCAGAAAUCCUCAUGAAGUGCAACCUGCACAUCAAACAAGAUAUGCUAUCACACUUUGGUAUUUUGAUGCUAAUGAACGAGAACAAGCUUGUAGGAGGUACUCUCAAGAACAUAGUACUAAAGUUCAAUAGGGAAUAUAUCAAGUAAAAAUUUAAAUUCGAAGCUAAAAUGCAUUAUUUAUUGCUAAAUAUUCAUCAUUAUAUUCAUUUUUUUAAAAAAAUUAGACUGAUUCAAGCUAUAGCUAACACUUGCAAAAGUUAGAUUAGUGUAAAUUUAAUCUCAAACACCCAUUGGUUAUGAAAUGAAAUAAUUAC